CGACACAUCGGUACUCCGGCGCCCUUAUGUGUGUUGCUCGUUCGGUACUUGCGCGUGCAAUGAGCUGCAUCGUCACGCCCGAUCAUCUGGGGUCGACGGCCUCGGGCCCUCCGGCACCGUCUCAGAUUGGAUUAGUGCGAGCCGCUUCCCUGGACACAAACCGCGUCAAGAGCCCGGUUCCGGGGGAGAAUUUUCGCGAACUUGGUCCUAUCGGGCAUGGUUGCGCCGCUCGCCAUGUUGACCGCCACGUUGCCGAGCCGACGUGAUGGGUCGGGUCCGAGGACCUGACGGCAGGAAAAAAAAGUUCGAUAGUCGACCUUAUGGCUGCGCUCGGUGUGGAGAUGUGGCUGGUUCUGGGGAUGAUCGUCCGUUGCUUAAGACGCCAGCCUUUCCCUGGCCCAUUCUGUCCGUUCUGGUUGGGAAAAACAAUGACUGCGAGAUUUGAGACACCACAAUGCUUCGACGAUCCAAGUUCAACCUCACAUCGCUCGCCGCCAGAACCUGGGCUCUGGUCUUGGCAUUGGCGCUCUUUCUGCUCGCCCCGCAAGCACACGCCCUCCCAACGCAAACAGCAUGGCCGCCACACUCCAAGAGCGUGCGCCCGCAGCGCCCCUGCUUUGCGCAGCGCAACUUCAACACCAUUUCGCGCAUCUACAAUCUGACCGUGUACCCCAACAAUGUGCCCAUCAUCCAGGCCGGCGGCGCCGCCGUGCCCCGCGGGCUCUUCAGCCAGGACGUGGUGGGGCGCGUCGAUCCCGUCGGCAAUUUCACCAGCUUUGAGGACUCGAUCGAGUACUUUUUCGCCCUCGCCCCGUUGCCGACGGGCAACGCCGCCGAGGCCGCCAUCACAGGCUACCAGAUCACCGAAUUCAGCUCGCAGUGCCGCGACGUCGCCUCCUCGGUCGUCUACCUGUACUGCAGCGUGUGGAACCCGGGCCAGGCCGACCACCUGAAACCGCUGCCGCCACUGAAGCAGGUGGCCUUCUGGCGCUUCGACAAGCACGGCGCCGUGCUCUACUACGACGCCUGGAUUCCCAAUUUGAACAGCUGGGUCCAGACGACCACGGCGGCGUACGUCGGGGACGCCGCCUACCAGGCCGCGAGCAUCGAGCAGAUCUGCGGCGGCACGCAGGCGCGGUGCACGGGCGCCAACACGCAAUGGAACAGCACCGCGGAGUGCGUGGCGGCGCUGUCGGCGAAGCCGUACGGCACGUACGACGAGGCGUGGGGCGAUAAUAUCGUCUGCCGCAGCAUCCACCUGGUGCUCACCCAGGUCCGGCCCGAUGUCCAUUGCCCGCAUGUCGGCCCUACGGGCGGCGGCAAGUGCGUGGACAUUGCGUACCCCGAGAACUACUUCUCCGACGAGGAGCUGUAUGGACAGCCCGCGGGCGAGACGUUUAUGUGUAAAUGAGCAGGCGAGAAGCGACGCAGGCACGCGCACACGAGCCACGAGACA